AUGUCUUUUUUCAACUCCCUAGGAAGUGACAUCAAGGACAUUUCCAGAAAAUCUAUGGGCCGCAAGGGCAGCACUGGGCCAACUUCGCCCACCACCCCCGUGCCACAGAGUAAAGGACAGGGAUAUCCACAGCCAAGGUCGAACAAUAGUAAUCAGCAGCAAGAUGUCGCACUCUACAGCCAACCAUCAACACCCAAGCUAUUCCUCAGUAAGCCAUUUGUCGAAGCUAGCCUCGUCAAGGGCAGUCUCAAGACUCUUGUACUUCUUCCAAAGUAUCUUGAUGUCAUGGAAUGGGUUGCGAUGUCUAUGUUUGACUUUUAUAACAAUGUCAAUCUUUUCUAUGGUGCAGUAUCUGAGCAUUGUACAGCCAAAGAUUGCCCAACUAUGACGGCUGGGGAUCAACUUGUCUACACUUGGGUCGAUAACAACAACAAGCAUGUCAAACUCCCUGCGUCGACGUACAUAGACUACGUCUUCACCUGGAUACAAGCCCUCUUGGAGGACCAAUCGAUCUUCCCGACACGAGCGGGCGUACCGUUCCCCGCCAACUUCCCAUCAACCUGCAAACAUAUGUACCGCCAAAUGUUGCGCGUCUUUGCGCAUCUGUAUCAAGCUCAUUUCGAAGAUAUCUCCAUCUUCGAAUUGAGCCCCAUCUCAACAAAAGAGCUCCGAGGUCCUUCUUCGACGCCGACUGGAAUCGGCUAUCUUUACGACGCAUGGAGGACAAGCGGCAAGCUCGACUAA